GCCACAGUUUCUCGUUCAGCCCCCUUCCUCAUGGCCUAUGUAUCCGGAGAAUCUGGGUGAAUUGCCGCUUGAAUGGUUACGACCUGAGGUUGGUCAUGUUUUCUUAGUCACCUUGGAGGAGCACUGGAUUAAUAAAUUUAAGGCUUGCCCGACAUGGACUUCCCUGCGCAAAUAUUUCGUUACCUUGUUGCGAUUCAAAUCUUAUUUCGUCGCCAAAUACUUGAGGCGCGCUGCACCUGACCAACCAGCUAAAAUAGAAAGUGCUGAAAUUCGACAAGCUACGCUUCAGAUAGUUAAGUUGGUGCAGUCAGAAGCUUUUGCGGAGGAGAUGCGCCUCCUUGCAUACAACGAACCCGCCAUACUAGUUCGAAAUUUAAAAUCCAGGUCAUGCAGAUUAAGACGACUCAAGCCCUUCCUCAUUAAUGGGAUACUUCGGGUGGGCGGAAGGUUGGAUCAACUCUCGGUACCAUAUGAC